AUGAAGAACAGCCAUUUGUCGGAGAAGGACCAAACUGCGAAUCCUGUAGGAGAAAAUCGUCCGAUCCACGCCUCAAGCAGCAACUCUCGGCUGUCUCUUCUAAAGACCCUCGUUGAAGAAGCAACAAAUGAUCUCGAGAUUACCGAGGCUGAACCUAAAAUUGCGCAAGCGAUAGCAAUGCUGUAUAGCGCUUUUCAGGAUUCACAUGGGCCUUUAGUGCUUGAUCAUGAAUCUCGCCAAGCUUCUCAAGGCGCAGAGCCCAAGUUUUCAACCCCAAAACCACAGCGCAAUCAAUCCGGAAUGCCUAGCUUGCCACCGAUUCAGGAUAUUUUACUUCAGCGAGCUGUUUUUAUGCACCCGGCUUGUGGAAAGUCAAGUGAUGCCAGCUACGACCGACUAGAGGUACUGGGGGACGCAUAUAUCGAACUGAUAGCAACCAAAUUGGUGUGGGAGAGAUUUCCGGGCAUUCCUGCUGGGAGAAUAUCACAGAUUCGAGAAGGCUUAGUCAAGAAUGAGACGCUUGCGAAAUUUGCCGAGAAAUAUGGAUUUGAUCAUAAAGCAUCGGUCCCAGCGACCUACUCCGACCAGCCGAAACGAUGGGUAAAGACCAAAGGCGAUAUUUUCGAAGCUUAUGUGGCUGCGGUCGUAUUAUCUGAUCCACAAAAGGGCUAUGGGAUGGUGGAAGAGUGGCUGAUCGGAUUGUGGUCGCCACUUUUAGACAAGUUAGGGCAUCAGAAAGCGGAGUUACGUUCUAAGGAGGAGCUUGCAAAGAGAGUCAUGGGCAAAGGUAUCAAGCUGGAAUAUCUCCCGGAGCGUGAUCCGAUUCAAGUAAAGGGCAGCGGUACUCAGAUGUUUUUCAUUGGGGUCUAUCUCACAGGCUGGGGCUGGGAAAAAACGCAUCUUGGCUCAGGGCAAGGCUCUAGUAAAGUGGAGGCAGGGGACGAAGCCGCUCGAACUGCCCUACUGAAUACAUCACUGAUCUCUCAAGUCAUCGCUGCCAAGAAGGCGAUGACGGGGAAAUAA